AUGUCUGAGUAUAAAGUUAGUAGUAUAUACUUUUCACGAUCUAAUAAACUGCUAAUAUUAAUGUGUGUGAUUUUUUUCUCCUGCUCUACUCACAUAUUUAAGAAUGUUUUCCCUUUUCUAUUUAUGCUUACAGGUAUAGCAACCCAACAUGGUAAUAUGAAUGUGUAUGUUAAGAAAAAUAGCUGGUGUGAUAUAAGCAGUAAGUUAGACAGAAAUACGGAACAUGAACAAUAUAUACAAAAGGAAGAUAAAGAAAAAAAAAUAAUAAUAAAUACAAACACUGAUGGUAAUAAGAAUAUUAAUUAUGAUCAUCCUUAUAAUAUGAUGAAUUUAUGUUAUGAUGAAUUAUAUAAUAAUGGAGAUGAGAAUAAUGAGAAACAUUUAUUAAACCUUGAACAUGAAUAUUUUAUUAAAAAUGAAUAUACUACUUGUAAAUUUUGUCAUAAUUAUAUAAAGAAUAAUAAUAAUAAUAAUAAUAAUAAUAAUAAUGUAUAUAAUAAUACAUAUAAUAAUAUAUAUACUGAUUCGUAUAACAAUACAUGUGAUAAUUAUUAUAACAAUCGAUAUAAUAAUAAAAGGGAUCAUACAGGGAAAGGGAAAUAUAUUGAUAAUAAUAUAUUUUAUUAUAAUAAAAUACAUAAUAAACAAAAUGAAAGUGUCAUUAAUAAAGAAUCUAUAUCCUUAUACAAUAAUAUUUUAUCAUUAAUAUAUUUUAGUUCUUUAAUAACUUAUAUUUUUAUUUUCUUUUUUGAUUUAAGCAAAAAAAAUUAUAUCAUAAAUAUUUUUUAUAUUACCAAUUUAAUAUCUCAUUGUAUUAUAUUUUUUAUAUUAAAUGAUAUGCAAAUUUUUAAUUCUCAUUUAAUACAAUCAAUUCCUAAUUAUAUAUUUGUAGAUGAUCAUAAAAAGAAGUUUUCUCCUUUUUCUCAACCAUAUUUAAAUAGUCAUAAUAAUUUAUCAAUCCAAAAUAUUUUUAAUAGUAUAGCUAGCCAAAAUGGCUAUAUACAUGAUAUAUUAUAUAUGGAUAAAAAAAAAAAAAAAAAAAAAAUGGGACUUAAUAAUUCAACAAAUGAAAGAAAUAAUUUAAAGAAUAAAUUGGAUGAUUUAAAAAAUAUAUCUAUAUUAUAUAAUAUGGAUGUGUAUAAAUCUUUAUUUAUUUUUUUUAUUUAUCCAAAUAAUAAUAUAUUUUUUAAUCCUUAUCUUAUUAAUAUGAAUUGGAAUAUUAUGUCUAAUAUAUCAAAUGAUAUAUUAUAUAAUAAGUAUGAAAAAAGUAAAGAUUUAUAUAAUAAUAAUAAUAAUAAUAAUAAUAAUAAUAAUAAUAAUAAUAAUUAUGUUAUACAAAGUAGAAUAAAAGAAAAAAAUAAUGUUCUAGAUUUUUUAUUUUUAAAAAGAAAUAAAAAUAUAUAUUAUAAAAAAUAUUUAUUAGUUCUAUAUUUUUUCAUUAUGAUAAGUUCUAUAUGUAGUUGUUAUAUCAAAAUUUAUCAAAAAAGAAUUUUAUAUUGUGUAUUUUAUAUUAAUGUAGGAGUUAUUACUUCAUUUUUAAUUUUAAUGAAUAGUCUAUUUAAACUAUUUGCCCAUUCUCUAAAUUAUAUUGUAACUAAUAAAAACAACCUUGUUAAUAUAAGUGAUUAUAUAGUUUUGUUCUUAUUAAUAGAUUUAUUUGGAUUAUUUAUAAUUUUCUUCUUUUCUUAUAAAUGGUAUUAUCAAAGAAAUGUGUGGACACAUCUUCAUAAAAUAUUUUAUAAUCAUAAAUAUAUUGCUUUCUAUUUUAAUAACACAUAUUAUAUAUAUACUGUUGACCGAAAUGUUGAUAAUAUUUUAGUAUCUAUGGAUAUAUAUGGUGAUCCUAAUGUAAAUAUUACUUUUUCGGAGUAUACAAAUUUAGAAAAAUCAAUUUUUUAUGAAUAUUUUAUAUUGAACAGAUUCAGAAAAAACAAACUCAAAAUUUUCGAAAUCCAUCAGGACAAGAUUCAGGAAUUGACCACUACAUAUAAGGAAAAAGAAAAGCGGAAAAAAAAUUAUGAAAUGAAAAUACCUUACAGAGAUAAAAAGUGCAAAAAUGUCGAAGAUAUACAAAGUUGUCAUAUAAAUAAUAACUUGGAUAUAAAUACUGGAUGUUACAAAUCUCUGAGGGAUGAUCUUAACGAAUGUGAUAUACCAAGUGAAGAAAAGCAAGGUAAUUUUUAUAGUCGAAAACCAAACCAUAGUUAUACUAUGAAACCAUAUAAAAUAUACAUAGGAACAUUAAACAAUAUAAUAACACAAUCUAAUAUUCCAGUAAAUAAUACAAAUCAAAAUAUAAAUGGAUCGCUCAUAAAUACAUCAACAACAACAACUAAUAAUAAUAAUAAUAUUAAUAAUAAUAAUAAUAUUAAUAAUAAUAAUAAUAAUAAUAAUAAUAAUAACCAAAAGAAUCAUCGUAAUCAAAAUAUCAAUUAUCCUAAUCCUCAAAAUGAACGAAUAAAUUAUCCUUAUACAAAUGAAUUUAUUCGUGACCAUCAUGAAUAUGUGAAUAAUAUAGUACUUACUCCAAAACAACAAAUUAUAGAUAAUACAAUUUUAAAAAAUAAACAAAAUGAUGAAGACAUUAAUAAAAAGAAAUUAACAACACAUUUACAAAAAAAUUUAUUAAAAGAAAAUCUUAUUAUAACUGAUGAAUAUUUUAUAAACACUGAUACUAAUCAAUAUAUGAAUAACGCACAAAAUCAAAAUAAUAUAUCCUUACCAAAAGAAAUAUAUUUAGAUAGAUCAGAAGAAUGUAAACCAAAAAAUAUUUGGAAUAUACAAAAUGAAAGUCAAAAUGUUUUAUCAAUACCGAAUUUUGAUGAACAAGAUAAUCAAAGACAAAAUGAACAAGCGGAAAUAAUUUGUCCAAAUGAUGGAAAUUAUUAUUUACAUAAUGAGGAAUAUAACCAAGAAAUGUAUCAUAAUAAUGUUCAUUAUAAAAAUGGUCAUAUGGAUAAUUCACUUAACCCUCAUACAAACUAUUACAUUAAUAAUCAUAUUAAUUAUGACACGAGUUAUCAUAUUAAUCAUCAUAAUAACAAUUUUAAAAUAUUUAGAAACCUAAAAAAAUUAAUGUCCUCAUUCACUUUCGUUUUCUUCUUUUUUAUAUUUAUAUAUGCCUUUCUAUUGUCAAUCAUACACAUAUUUAUAAAUUACUUCUUUUAUAUAUAUCUAUAUGUUUUCAAUAUAAAUAUCUAUGUUUCCAAUGUAUAUACAAUUAUUAUGACAGGUGUAUCAUUAAUAGCUAUACCAUUCUCAGGAUAUAUUAUUGAUAACAUUGGUGCUUUCCUUUCACUUCUUUUAUGUUCUUCUCUUUUUAUCCUAAUAACCAUUUCGGGUUCCAUAUAUUGCUAUAAGUUUAAUUUAAAUUCUGAAGUUUUGGCUUUUUUAUUCUUCAAUCUUAUAGGCAUAAGUCAAUCCAUUAUUCCUACUGUAAUCAUUUCGCAGAUACCUACCCACUUAUGCGUGAAGAAUAACGAACAUAUAACAUCAGCCUUUGCAAUAUUUGAAGUUGUUUCGAUGAUAAUUAUAAGUUUAAAUAAUUAUAUCUUUGGUAGUUUUAUGGUCAAAGAAGAAUACUUAAUGGGUCUUUAUGUCUUAUUUUUUUUUAUCCUCCUAGUUAUAGCCCUUAUUUCAUUGUUAAUAAUUUCUAUUUAUAUUAAAAGGAAAAGAUAUAUACAUAUGUAUAAGAACACGAAUGACUAUAAUUUGGCUCAACCUUUGCUUUAA